CUCUCCCUCUCGCUCGUUCUGCUUAUGGCGCGCGUGUUGCUCCGCAAAAGUUCCAUCAUACUUGUCGCCUGGCAUUCCUCCUGUUGCAUUUUCCAAUAUUUUUAAAGCGAGGUACACCUCUUGCGGAGCUCUCUCUCUCACACCAUUCAAUUAUUUUGCAAAAGACAAAGCAAUAUUGAGUCAUCGUGUUUCUCAGUGAACCAGUCAUGUAUGGGACAAGAAAAAAAAACUAUGUGAUUGAAUGAGGAAAAAUUCAGGUUAAUCAGAUUUUCCAGCAAAAAUCACUAACAUGCCGAAAAUUCCAUAGAUUAUAUUAACCUUUGAAUACUAAUUUUUUUUAAAAUCUUGAGUCAGUGUGAUCUACUUUAAUCCCAGGAAAAUGACUCCCACUCUUGAAAGACAAUGUUAGUGAUAGCCUGUGUUCAACGAAUUAAGAUUCUGAACUCAUAAUUUUAUUAAAGCCCAACCUGAGUGGAAAGUAUUUUUGAAUCAAUGUGUUUUGUUUUUUCUUCAGUUCUAUUCACAAAAAUAGCACUAAGCAUUGCAGUUCUCAACUGGGUUUGGAAAGAAGUCAUGAUAUAGCUCCUCAACUCCCCUAGACACCACAAAGAUAGUCUUACUGAGUGGGCAAUUCCGCAUAACAUGUUCAAAGUUCAUGGACCAUCUAUCUUCAGUGACAUUGGAAGUCAGAAUCCAUGCGUGCUUUUGUCAAAAAUAUCAGAACUUCACUAUGCUUUUAAUCACAUAAUAACAACACCUUUAUGUUCUGUUAAAGUUUAAUUAUUGAACGGCCAUCAACUUUCAGCUUAAUGUUUGACUUGGGUUAGCCUUUAAAAAGUGCAACAAAAAUGGUGGCACAUGAUCUACCAAUUUAGAAAAUCCUACAUUAAGCUGAACUACUCCUUCCGAAUAAUCUCUGGAUAGCUACAAAUCAUCCCUCCUUCACAAAAAAAAAAAAAAAAAAAAAGUUGACUAAUUUGUAGUCAGUCAAAGCCAAGAAUGCAAACAAGAUUUGGUCAAUGUGCAAUCUGUUUGUUAUGUAUGAAUGACCCACACUCAUUUUUAUAGCUUUGUUGGACUAGGUGUACUCAUCUUCCAUCUUGUCUAAAACGUCUAUCCUGUCUAUAGCCUAUCAUGUUUGCUUUCAUGUAUCACACCAUUUUUCUUCACUUUUAAGAAAUCCCUCGAAAGGGAAGUGUUUAUAAAAUUGCAAUCAAAACAAGUGGGCCACUCAUUUUUUAAAUGUCUUUGAAUGUAUCUACAAUGGUUAUCUGUUCAAUGAAAAUAAUGCCUACAUUCAUUAUAAUAAAUUAAUUUUUUAUUGGGUUUUACUUUUGUGAACAAUCUGUCGAGCAGAAACACGCUCUUCAGCUCGCAGGUCUUUCAAGAACUGAAAGGUUUUAACAAGGCUAAUUCAUUCUAUCUAUCCUCUUGUUAUAAGACUGCGUGUGUGUGUGGGUGUGAUCGAGACCUAACAAGAAACACACAUGUAUGCACAUACAUCCAUACACAGCGACAGAAAUGUCUGCUGGCCCUGCUCUUCAUGAAUAAUUUCAAAAGCAUUUUCCUGCUCAACUGCGGUCAUACCAUACGUGAGCAUGGCGCGAAAGUAAUCCUCACUGUCCCAGAGCUGUGGCUUCAGAUCCGCCGUCAGCCAUGAGGGGCGUGUGUGUAUCAUUUUCUAAUCAGCAGGAUGCACCCACCACCAGGCUGUGAGGAACACUUCCUCCUCCAGGGGGAUGUCAAUGGCCCAGCAAGUCACUGCAGCAGCAACCCUGAGGUCGCUUGGGACUGCAGUUAGUUUCAGACAGACAUCAACAUUUUCUCGGACAAAAGCAAAUGGCGGCUUCUCCCAGAGUGACGGAGGAGCUGACCUGCUCCAUUUGUCUUGAACUCUUUGAUCAUCCACUCUUGCUGCCGUGUGCUCACACCUUCUGCCGCCAGUGCCUGCGCGACUUCUGGACACGGAGCACCGGGGCGUCUGACGGACAGCGGCGACAGGACAAGAGCAUCCUGUGCCCCAAGUGCAGGGUGGAAGUUAAACUAGGCAAGGAGGGAGUGGAUGGGCUGCCGAAGAACACGACCCUGUCCAACAUCAUCCUCAGCUUCCAGGAGGACGGACAGAGACAAAAGCCCGUUCCUGACUGCGACGUCUGUGAUGUGGAGCCACCCCGGGUGGGCUUCAAGUCCUGCAGCGAAUGCUACCUGACCUACUGCAAGACUUGUUUCGACCAGCUGCAUCCAAUGAGAGGCGCGUUUUUGCAUCACGUGAUCACAAGCCCAGCACCCUCGGAGCAACGUAAGGUCAUCCAUGCGGACACGGUAGCGCAGAGUCCCCGGGUCGACUCCCGCAAAGUGAUUAGGCGAGUACGGUCGAUGAGCCCGCUACCGAAAGAACAGGAGUAUGCAGACAGACUGCGCCGCUCCAUCACAGCCAAGCGAAAGGAGAUGAGAGAGACGCUGAAGACCGUGCAGGAUCUCCUCAAGUCCACGGAGGAUGAGACCGAAGACCAGAUGAAGCAGAUCAAGGCCUUGAGUUCACGCCUGCACGAGGCAGUGGCCGAGCGGGAAGGCGCCAUGUUGGCAGGGUGCACGCGCCGGCGUCACGAGGCGGUCACGUGCUGUUACGGCCUCAUCAGCGAUGCCCAGGCGCUGAUGCUGGAGCUCGACCUGCUGGAAGAGAAGUUCGGGCAGCUGCUGAUAAAAGCCCCCAUGGUGGACAUCUCACAGGAACUCUCAGAUCUGGAAGAAAGAUUAGCCAUUGUCAAGUCCACAACACUGAGAGGUCGCCUUCACGAAGUCCCCAGGCCACGCCCGUUACAGACAGUGCACGUGCAGCAAGUCCUGAGAGACAUGGACUUUCUUCGAGAAACAGAAAUUCCAGUGCCAGUGAUCACAGACAUUUUGCCACGCCCUGUUUCUAAGGGACCAGCAGUUAUUGAAGUCAAGUGGGCGGGGCCUGUAGCCGGCACGUGCUACAGAUUGACAGCAUGGCGUAAGACACAGAAGGGCAGAACGGAACGCCUUGUCGUUGAUGACGUCACAGGUGCAUGUCACGUGCUGCUCCUUCCAGGAGUGGACGUGCAGUACCACCUGCUGGCAGCCGCCAUCGGGAAGAAAGGAGAGGGGGAUAAGCCAGGCGUAGCUGAGGAAGUAACCACGUAUAGAGGGGAGGCAAUCAGCGAGGAGAAGGUGUUUCGUACCCUUCCCUACGUAAACUGUCUCUCCCUUCGUUUCGAUACCACGUAUUGUCACAAGCUCAUCGCCGUGUCGUCCACCCGGGAGGAAGUAAUGCACCGGAAGUGCAAGUUGGCCAACUUAAGCGAUGCCUACCCUGCCUCCACCUGUCGCCGCCUGGACACGCUAGAGGGCGCCAUGGCCGACACGCCGUUUCCGCCCUUGCCGCACAUGUACUGGGAGGUGGUGGUGCACUUCCACGUCAUCGGUCGCCUAGACGACACCAAGCUCAUCUGCGACUUCGGGGUGUGCAAGUCCGGCAUGGAAGACUCCUGCGGCCUGGUGUGCGACAACCACAAGUCGUACUGCUGCUACCUGGUGCGGCGCCAGCGCUACAUCAACCUGGAGUUCUGGAACGGCCCCAACCAGGAGAUCCUGGCCCGAGCGCUGACCGUUGCUGACCUGCAGCGUGACAACGAGAAGACGUUGAAGCUGGGUUUCUACCUGGACACGCCCCGUCGCCUUUUCGCCGUCGUCAACCCCGCAGUCGCCGCCGGCAGCGGCUCCGUGCUGGCACAGUUCCACGUCAAGUUCGCCAACCUCGUCUUCCUGUGCGGUCUGUACUGCCCGGACCAGGUGCUGGCCACCAUCAAGCACGUCCCUGUCGUCAACAUUCCCACCAUCGUCGCCAAGCUGAUGCGCGCGCAUUCCGCAGCGGCAGAGGGCGCUGCACCACGCUAACCAUGACGGAGCGGUCCUGUGUUUGUACUGUCACUUGUCAUCUCCGUUGUCAUCUCCUUUGUCAUAGUCUUUGUCGUGGCUUAUUUGUAUCUUCUUUACCUUGUUUUCUAUGUUCUGUUUGUCGUUUGUCUUCCUCAUCGUCGUCUUCGUGUUAUUUUCUCUGUCGCCGUCUUUGUCAACUAUCAGUUAUCAUGACUUUCGUCAUCCAAUGUGCUUUUCUAGACGACAGUAGAGGAAGGGACGUGUACAUAAAUGAAGACUGGAAAUUCAGCUCAGUCUCGUAUAGACUGCAAGGAAUGUUUUCGAGACGUGGAGCGUGUUUCCCACUUGUCCCUAAAUAACAAGAACCCAGCGGAGAUACAUCCUCUGACUGUUAAUGUAACUGCAAAAGGCUAGCGCUGAAGGGGAAAAGCAAGUGAGCGAUCCGUUAAAUAAGCUGGCGUGCCAUGUUUCCGCCAGGAAAGCUCUGAUUUCACUCGCAUCGAUGUCGCCAUAGACAUGCCAGCUGCAUCCUAGACAACUCGCGUGGGAUGAAAUAUAAGACCAUUCACUGAACGCUGUGGUCGCACAUCGACAACAUAAGACUGCUGUACAACUCAUGAUAAUUCGUACCACCACUACCACCACCAGCAGCACCAGCGCCAGCCACCGCCAUUACCUGUCCUUCACACUUUCAUGACUAGUUUUUCCGUCCUAUUAAAAUUUUUCUCUCUCUUUCAUCUCUUAACAUCAUUAAUAACUAUAUUAUCAUUUCCUCUGUCUUCUCCUCUUAUUGAGUUGACACAAGCAUACAAGUUUGCUAAUAACACUAUCUCAUUUUCUUAUUUAUAGGAAGCGGCUUAAAAAGUCUUAAGAGAUUAGUUUAAUUGCAAUCAACAUUUAAGUGCAAUGGAGAGCACAGGAAAGAUUAUCAAAGGUGGGAACAAUAGACAAAUACUUGUGGAUCUUCUCAAUUUUGUAUAUAUAUAUAUACUGAAUAUAUUUAAGCUUAAGUUUAAAUAGUUUUAAAAAAUAUAUAUAUAUAUUUUAAUGUCUCGAUUUCUGAGUGCUGAAUAUAUUUACAGUGGAACCUCGGUUAACGAACUUAAUCCGUUCUCGAAAGCUGUUCGUUAUCCGAAAUGUUCGUUAUCCGAAACAAUGUUUUCCAUAAGAAAUAAAGGAAAUAGAUUUAAUUGGU